AUGGAUCGUACCUCUAAGGAGUGUAAUGUGCGAAUCUCGCGAGAUUCUGCCCAUGAUGAAUACGAUAAUAAAGAUUUAGUACAUAUAUACAGAAAACCCAUGAUUAAUAAAAGCGUUUUUUUAAAAACAUCCGAAAAAAAGUACCAUACCAUAAAUAAGAAUGUAAUAAACUCAUAUAAUAUUUUUCCAUAUGGAGGCAUUUAUUAUCAUGAUAUUAUUAUAAAGGAUGUAUUAAAGUUUUUUUAUAAAAAUAAUGACAAAAGAAAUAGUUAUUCUAAUUAUUUUUUACAACCUGAGGGAGAGAAUUCUAAUUAUGUUUAUUUGGGUGCUGGGAUUAUGAGAGAAGAACAAAAUAAAAAGAAUAAGGAAAAAAAUAAAAUGGUUUUUAUAUUUUUUAUUAAUGAAAUCUUGUUAAAGAAGUUAAGAAGAAAUAAUUUAAGAAGAAAGAGGAGGAUUCGAAGAGUAGAAAAAAGGGAUCAAAAUGAAAAUAUAAAUAUUAUUAAUAGUAAUAAUAAUAAUAAUAAUAUUAAUAUUAAUUGUAGUAAUAAUAACCAAAUGUAUUGCCCAUCAAGGCAAGGUGAUAUAAAAGAAGAGGAUGGUAAUAAUGAAAAAAAAAAAAACACAAUUAACAAUAAAUGUAAUAAUAAUAAUAACAAUAAUAAUAAUAAUAAUGAAUCAUGUUUUGUUAGAAAUGUUGAAGAGAACGUAAAAGAAGUAAACAAAAAAAACGUAUCAUUAUCAUCAUCAUCGAACAGAUUUAAUAAUUAUGUUAAGGAAUAUAAAAAAAAAAGAAGCAAUAUUAAAAGAUUACAAGAUAUAGAUAAUAUUUUAAACGAACAAUCAAACAAUAAACAUACCUUUAUAAGAACCAAAUCGUCCCUCUUUUAUGAAGAUAUAAAAACGAAAGAAGGAGGGACAUGUACCGAUGUAAACAGAAAUAAAAAAAACACCUCGAUGAAUUCAUUUUUUAGCGAUUGGAAAAAUAUAGAAGAAAAUAAUACAAACAUAAUUAAUGAUAUUAUUAAUGAAGAGAUAUAUGUUAAUAAAUCGACUACCCUUGAUUCGUUAUAUAACAAAGAAAGUUCGAAUGAUAGAGAAAGGGCAUGUGAUAAGGGAUCGGGAGGUAAAAAAAGAGAUCAUUAUGAAGAUAAUUAUUAUAAUGAAUAUGAGUAUUAUGAUGAGUAUUAUGAUGAGUAUUAUGAUGAUUAUGGUGAUAAUUAUGGUGAUAAUUGUGAUAAUUGUGAUGAUUAUUAUGAAUACCUUGAAGAACAACAUGGUCAACCUUAUAAGGUAUACAAAAAAGAGACAUAUGGUCCUAGCGAAAAACAAAAUGUAUAUACUGAUAAGAAUAACAUUUUUUUAUUAAAUAUUUUACAUCAUCAAAAUAAUGUAUAUUCCGUUAAGUGGAAGGAGAGUUCAUAUGAAGAAUUUUCCAUAUUAGUUUCGAUAUGUUAUGAUGGUUAUAUGUAUAUAUGGAAAGAGCAUAUGAAUUGUAAUAAUAAAUUUACAUUUAUAUCUAUAUGUAGAAUUUAUAUUUUAUAUUUCGAGAAUUUAAUCCAAAAUAUUAAAUGGUACUGGAUUAAGAAAAAUGAAGAAAACGAAGAAAAUUAUAAUUUCCUCUUUAAUAACAAAAAUUUAAAUUUAUUAAAAAAUGAAUAUUUGAUAGUAUAUGGAUCAAAGAAUGAUUUAUUGGAUAAUAAGGAUAAUUAUUAUAAUAAUUUUAUAUGUAGUCCAAAAAGUAAGAUGAAAAAUUGUAUAUAUUAUAAUGAAUUUAAGAGUAAUUAUAAUAAUGAUGGUCUUAAUGAUGAUCAUAAUAAUGAUCAUAAUAAUAAUAAUUUAUAUUAUAGUGAUAUAAAAGAUUUUAUGGUUUUUUCGAUAUAUGGUAUUUUCAACAUUUAUGAUAAUAAUAUACAUAUAAAAAAUAUAUUAAACUAUGAAAAUAUACCUAUACAUAUUAAUUUUAAUCAUAUAUUAGAUGCAAAAUUAGAAUACAAUUUAAUGAAUACAUCUCUUAUAUCUGUAUAUACAGAUGAUACAUAUGUACCUGUGAAUGAAUAUAAUAUUAAAUAUGGUAAAUGGAAAAUUAAAAAAAUAAUAGAUCACUCAAUAAUAAUAAAUAAUUCUAAAAGUACACAACAUUUGAAUUAUAUAAAUACAGAAAAUAAUAAUAUCAUUAAUCAUCAAUGUUAUGAUAAAACAGUCUCUCCACUUUCUUAUUACAUACAAAAUAAUAAACAUCUAAACAAUAAACAAAAUGAUUUUAUAUUAUUUGAAAAACUUUUUAAUACCAUCAAUAAUUUAAUGCCACCAUUCUCAAUAAAAAUUUCAACAUACAAUAAAGAUUUUUAUAAAUUAUUUAUUAAACCUAGUGAUAUAUGGAUUAAAAAAAAAAAAAGUAUAAGUAUUAGAUAUUUUGUUGAUUAUAAAAAUCUACUACUCCAACCUUCUCAAAAAAAAAAUUAUAAAUAUCAUAAACAAAACAAUUAUUAUCAUUAUCGUAAUUUUAAUAAUAUUAAAAAAACAAACAAUAUGCUCAAAUACAAACAUAUGCAAUAUGACUUACAAUUUAAUAUAUUUCAUAAUAUUUUAGUUGUACUCAACAAAAUUAAUAAUAAAAUGUAUCUCUACGAUGUUGCAGCGUCUUUAAAGAAAAAAAAUAUAAAUAACAACAAUAAUAAAAACAAGAAAAAAAAGAAAAAUUAUUAUUCAUUUAAUCAAGACACAAAUAUACAUACACAACCUUUUGAAAAUUCAAAUACUCAUCAAAAUAAUAUCAAUAAAAAUAACAUCUAUGAAUAUCAUAUGAAUACUGACAUCAACUCUAAUCAUGUUAAUGCUAAUCAUCUAUUAAAUAAAAAUGUAACUCAAAAUAUACAAUCAACACACCUCUCGAAUAAUAUCAACACUAAUCAUCUUCCUCAUAGAAACAAUAAUAUACAAAUGUAUGAGCAAAACAAUUUUAAUAAUCAAAUCAUAUCUAAUACACAAGGAAAUGAUAAUUUUGUGCUUUCCUCUAACCAGUUGAAUUAUAUAAACGAACAUAAUAAUAAUGAUGGUUAUUGUGAUGGUUAUUGUGAUGGUUGUGGUGAUGUUUGUGGUGACACUAGUUUAUAUAAAACAAAUUCGUGUGGAAAACACAACAUUAUAAAAAACUCCUAUCAUAAUAAUAUAAAUUCUUCAUGUACAAAAAAGAACAUAAAAUAUAAUAAAAGAUUACAAAAGAGCACACAAUUCUACUCACUUAUCUGUUGUCUUAAUAGUAUAUAUAUUGAUAAUUAUUAUAUUUUAAAAUAUAAAGGAUACGAUUUAUUAAAUAAUAAAACACAUUUCAUUUAUAGUUAUGUUUAUAAAUUUUCCACCUUUUAUGAUAAUGUAAAGAAAAAUAAAAAUUUAUAUGUGUCCACUAGUGAAAUUUUAGAAAAAAAGCAUCUUAUCCCUUUAGUAUAUAAAUGUAAAAUGAUUGAAUCAUUUGAUUCGUUCUUUUUAUUAUUAUGUAUCGAUAAAAAUAAAGAACAUAUUUUUGCCUUAAAAUCAGAAAAAAUGAAUAUUGUUAAUAAUAUCAAAAUGAUAUGUAUAUUUGAUGAUUAUUCAUAUAUACAAUCAUUUAAUGUAAAUAAAAAAAAAAAUGAUACAUCAUAUAAUAAAAAUGUAAAUACAAAAAUAAAAUUAGAUAAUAAUAUAUAUAUUAAUAAAGUGAAAUCUGAUUUAUUAUUAAUAGAAGGACAUAAGGAAAUAAAUAUAAUCGAUUAUGUUAUAGAUGAUUUUUAUAUAUAUAAUAAAAAUAUAGAACAUAAUUUAUUACUUAUUAUUAAAUAUGUAUAUACUGUACAUAAAAAUAAUAACCUUCAUAAUAAAAAAAAAAAAAAAGAAAUAUAUUUAUUAACCUUAUCAACAAUAGAUAUAUGUAAAGAUUCCUUUAUCUAUCUUAAUUUAAAAUUAAAAAAUAUGUUUACCUUUUUUAAUCCUAUAAAAAAUAACAAAUUCUUGUUUUCAUAUUAUACUUUGUCUUUUCAAAACAUUAUACUUUUUGUAACAAAUCAUAAUUUAAUAUUGAAAGAUAAAGGAAAUUAUAAUUUUAACGAGGAAUGUGGCUAUGAUGAUACUAACGAAGAUGAUGAAUAUAAAGAUGGACCUGGUGAAUAUAAAGAUGGACCUGGUGAAUUUAAAGAUGGACAUGUAUGGGAAAAGAAGAAUGAUAAAACUCAAAAUUGUACAUCAAAUUAUAUGUCCAUAUAUAACAUUGCAAAUAAUUAUAAUGAUAAUAAAGACUAUUCAAGAGAAAAAGUAUUUGAAGAAAGUGAUCAUAGUUUUUUUUUUAAAAGACAAAAAAUAUUAUACUCCAAGAAGGACAGUAUGUCAAAUGAAGAGUGUGUUGUAUUUAUAAAUAAUAGUGAUGAUGAAAAAUAUGAAGAUACUAAUAAUAUGCACAAUGUAAACAAAAUAAAGACAAAUAACAGCAAAAAUGUUACUAGCAAUAAUAAUAAUAAUAAUAGUAUUAAUAGUAAUAGUAAUAAAUUUGGCAAUUUUAUUAGUAGAGCUUUUAAUACAUCCCAUACCUUUAGUGAUAAACAUAAUUCUAAUUCGAAGGAAUCAAAUAAAAACAAACAAACAAACAGUGGAUGUACCACUCGUAAAAACAAAAAUGUUGUUAAUUUAUACUUUUUGUGUACUAAGAAAGGAUCUGUUGUCCAUUUCAUGCAAAUUCAAAAUAUUUUAAAACUUGUAAAUAUUCUUUUAUAUAAUUCUUAUAUUCUAUUUAUUACCAAUAAAAACAUACAUAUCUUAAAUUUAAAUAAUCUUUAUAAUAACUUAAUAUAUCAAGAAAAAGUAAAUCAUUUCAAACUAAAUAAAAGUUAUUCUAAUGUUAAUGAAUUAACUCAUACAAUUAAUCAAGAAAAUGUUUUGUCCAAAUCGGCAAAACAAUCAAAUUGGCUAGUUACGUUUUCUUUUCCUGACUUGUUAAGGGGAAAAACCACACAAAUUUAUAUGACCAGUGCAGGUAAAAAAAAUGUGCAUUUUAUAGUGAUUAGUUUUAUGCUAAUGGAUCAAGGUGUGUAUAAUAUGUCUGAUAAAAUGAAUAGAAACGAAUUUUAUGGAAAUGAAGAAAUUGUUAGAAAGUAUAAUAAGAAUUAUAGAAAUGAUUUUUGUUAUAAAUCAGUUGUAUUAUAUAACAAUGCAUGUGAUGAUGAAGAGUGGAAUAUUUUAAAAUAUGAGAACAAUAAUAUUUUUAUAUAUUCGAAGCAUUCCCUUUUUUUGUAUGGUAACAAAUUGUUGAUAUUAAAAGAUGUAAGUGGGAAGGAAGAUCAAUGUGUGUGUGUAGGUAAUUAUAAUGAUGACAAUGUGGGAGAAAAAAAAAGUUCAGAAAUAGAUAAUAAAUCAAAACAUUAUCUAGAAUUAACAAAAGAAAGAAGAAUAGAAGAAUAUUAUUUAAAAAAAACAGAAAAUAUUUCUUUAAAUAACAAAAUAAAAUUUUAUGAAAUAAAUUUAUUGAAGAAGUUUAAAAAGCAUAUAUUAAACGUAUAUAAAUUGGAUGUAUUAAAAGGCGAUGAUUAUAAGGAAGAAGGUAUAUUAAGAGAAAAGGGAAAAAAUAAAGUAACUGUAACAAAAAGUGUAAAUAAUAUGAAUAAAAUAUAUAGUGUGAAUAACUUUCAUUAUAAAAAUAAAAAAUUAGUUUUUUAUCAUCCAAUAUUACUUCUAAAUUAUAUUAAGAUGGGUCUAUUUUCACAUGUACAUUUAUCCUUAAAGUUACUUUUGCAUAUAUUAUUAAAUAUAUUUUAUAAAGAAAAAACAACUUAUAAUAUUAAAAAAAAUUGUGCAUUACGUUUUGUUAUAGAAAACAAAAAAUUAGAGAUGACACAUUAUAAUUACCAAGACAUUUGUUGUAGUGUACAGAAAAGUCAGUUUUUAUACGACCUCAAUUUUAUUCAUGGUGAGAUUUAUAACCUUUAUAAAAAUAAGAAAGAAAGUUUAUAUAGUUCGAACAGUUUAUCUAGGGACGAUAAAAAUUAUGUAACAAAAGAAAAAUUAGAACAAAAGGAACAGGAGAAAGAAAAUAAAGAUAAGUCGAUUUAUUUAUUUGAAAAUGAAUCUAUUUCGUUAGAUGAUUUUAAUUUAAAUUCUGAUUCGGAUGACGAUAAUGAUAAUAAUAAUAAUAAUAAUAAGGAAGAGGAAGAAAAAAAAAAUAAUAAAAUGAAUAAUAAAAAGAAAAAGAAAGAUUACAACAAUGAUGAUGAUGAUGAUGAUGAUGAUGAUGAUGAUAAUUCUCUAUUAAGUGAUGAUGAAGAUAAACUAUCAGAGUUAUCAAACCUUGAUAAUAAUUAUAAUAAUGACAAAAAAAAUAAUACCAAAUUUGUAGAUAAUGAAGAAAAAAAAUUAAAAGAAUAUUUAAAAUAUUCCAAUGUAAUAAAUUAUGAAUUAAGUAUAGAAGAAAUAAAAAUAUUACAAAUUUUAUUGUUACAUAUAAAUGUACCUCGUUUAAAUAAUUUUUUCCAGCUAAUAUUAUAUUGCAUGCUAAAUGCGUUUUAUUAUAAUAUGGAUUAUGUAUGUGAAGAAGCCCAAAAGUACCUAAAUAAAGAAAAUAAGGAAAACUCGGAUGAUGAUAAUUAUAAUAAUGAAAUCUAUAGUGAUAAUGAUCCUCAUGAUAAUGAUGAUAAUCAAAAUGGUGAUGAAGAAAAAAAAAGAUAUAAGAUAUGUCAUUGUGAGCAUUUCAAUUUUAAUUUACAGAAGGAAAAAAUAACGUAUGAAAAUAUUCAUAUAUUUCAAUAUAUAAAUAAUAUUAAUAAUAAUAAUAAUAAUAAUAAUAAUAAUCUUGUGAAUAAUAUUAAUUAUGAAGACAAAAACUUAUUAUGUAUCAACUUGAAUAAGAAUAGUUUAUCUAGCUGUUUAUUAUUUUUUUUCCGUUUUUAUAUAAAUUGUUUAAUGUUAUUAAAUAUUAAUAUAGAUAUAGAUUAUGAAUAUGUGCAUCUAUUUCAUUUUAUAAGUAUAGAAGAUGUAGGAAAAGAAAUUUAUAAAUAUGCAGAAAAUAUAUUCACUCACUAUACUCAUUAUUUUGAUAUUUCUAUUAAUGAAGACGAUUUGUUUAGUAUCAACUUGUUUAAUAAAAGAACUUAUUGUGAUAACAUAAAAAAUGAUAACAUAAAAAAUGAUAACAUAAAGAGGGAUAACAUAAAAUAUGAUAACAUAAAAUGGGAUAAUAAAGUAAAAAUAAUACCAUUGAUUAAAAAAAAAAAACAUAUUAUUAAAUCCUUCUGUGCUACAUCCCCUUUAAACAAUAAAAAAGAUAAUACAUAUGGCACACUUGAUGAACUUUCUAAUAACAAGGAGAAUAAUAAGAACAAUUGUAAUAAUUACGAUUUUGAAGGAUAUAUUAAAAAUAAUAAAUUUAUAGAAUUAAAUAAUAUAUUUGUAGAAAAAAUACACAAAUCAAAUAUAAUUUUGCAAAAUGUUUUAAAGUACAAUUUGUUUAUAUUUUUUAAGAGAUUACAGUUAUUUUAUUUUAUGAAUACGAAAAAAGAUAUAUUGUUUAUUUAUGACAUAUUAUUAAAUAGAACAAUAAAAAAAAUUAAUACCAUAAAUAUUGAAGAUAAAGAAAAGCAAAAUGAAUUAAAUGAAUGUAUGGAUUUUCUGGCGUUAUUAUAUAUAGCAAAAAAUGAAAAGUCGAAAUUGAUGUUAUUUUAUAAAAUAAAAAAACAAAAUAAAAUAUAUGAUUUCUUAUCUAAUAACUUUAAAACAGAAAGAUGGUUGAAAGCACUAAUGAACAAUGCAUAUAAAUUAAUGCAAAUAAAAAGAUAUUAUCUAGCUACAGCUUUUUUUAUAUUAUCAGGAGAUAUAAAAGAUGCAAUAGAUGUUAUACAUCAAUAUUUAGAAGAUGCCCAAUUAAGUAUUUUUCUUAUAAGAUUAAUUAAUAUUUCGUAUAAUGUCUUUACUCAUGAAAAUAAAAAAAAUGACAAUAUAUAUGGUAAUAAUAUAUAUGCUAACAAUAUAAAUAAUAACAAUAUAAAUAGUAACAAUAUAAAUAGUAACAAUAUAAAUAGUAACAAUAUAAAUAGUAACAAUAUAAGUAGUAACAAUUUUAUGGAGACCUCGAGUACACCUCAAGGUUUUAUGUCUAAUAAUGUAAGCCCCAUAUCAUCCAAUUUAGUUGUCUUUUCAAAUUCAGCUAUUAAUAGUAAUUCUGUGAAUGAAAAAAAAAAUGAAGACGAACAAAAUGAUACUACACAUGUUCAAAACAAAAAGGAAUGUUUAUCCUCAUCAUUAAUUACACACUCUGUUAGUUACAUAAACAAGGAUAGUGUUGAUGUUUUAAAUGCUCAUAUGAAGAAAGAAGAAACUAAUAUGUUAUCUACAAUUAAUACACAUCUUGGAGAUGAUAUGGUCAAGGAUAAAAAAGAAGGUACGUAUGAUGAAAGGGAGGAGGCACCUGAGUUGGUACAAACAAGCGAACAUUUUAUAUACAAAUAUUUGAACUAUAUUUUAAAUGAAAAAAUAAAAGAUGAUAUAGAUAAUGAUAAUAACCAUAUGAAUGAUACGAAUCUUUUAAAUAAUAAGGAAAAAUAUAAUUACAUAUAUAAGUGUGGUGAUAGUAAUCAAAAUGUUCAUAAAAAUAUGUCUUUUUAUAUUUUAAAACAUAUUAUGUUAGGAGAUUUGGAAAAGGUAUAUUAUACAUGUGAGAAGAAAAAGGUUCCCAAUUUUUUUUAUUUAUUAUUAAAGAAUGUAAUAAAAGAGAUCCUUAUAAGUAACAAUAUAAUAAAAAUACCAAGCGAAAAUAAUCAUAAUAAUAAUAGUAAUAAUAAUAAUAAUAAUAAUAAUAAUAAUAAUAUUGGUUAUUUGGUUGGGGGGGGAGGAGAAAAUUUUAUAGACGAAGACGUAAAUAUUGUAAAAUGGAACGAAAAUUAUAAAGACUUUCAUAAUAUUAAUAUGAACAAUGUAAAAAUAUAUAAAAGUGAAUUGUAUUUAUAUUCUAUAAAUUUAUUUGAUGCAGGAUUAUAUAAUUUGUCUUUUGUCUUUUAUUUUCUUUUCUUCUAUUAUAUAAAAAUAUAUAAUUUAAAUAAAAUAUAUGAUAGAUAUAAAUAUUUCUUUAUGUUAUAUUCAGAGAUGUAUUUGGAAAAAUAUUUAUUUUCUAAUCCGUUCAUAUUUUCUUCUAUAUUUACUUUUCCUCACAUUUUGAAAUCCUCAAAGAGGGUAGAUGUAAAGGAAGGUAUUAAUCAAAUAAAAAAAAAUAAAAUAAAAAAUAAUAGUAAUAAUAAUAAUAAUAAUAUGAUGAUGACCGAUAAAAAUAAAUAUGAUACUUAUAAAUACAAUAAUCCUUUUUUUAAGACUUACGACUUAUUAAAUAAGGAUAAUAUAAUAAUUAUAAACAACAAUGAAGAGAGAGGAGAACAUAUUGAUUUUGUAUAUUCCUUAAACGUAUUUUCAAGAAUUAUAAAUGGACUAUUCAUAUUAAUAAGAAAUAAUGAUGAUACUAAUAAUAUGAUUAAUAACAUAACUUACAAUAAUAAUAAUAAUUAUAAUUAUAAUUAUUAUAAUAAUAAUAAUAGCGUAUAUGAUCUUAUGGAUAUUCUGUUUAUCAACCCGAAUGAAGGACAUGCUGAUAAUUAUAAAAACUACAUAAAUGAAGAAUAUAAAAAUAACAGUGAUUUAUUAGAUGCUCAUGAAUUUAAUAAAUAUAAUAAAAACCAAGAGACAAUAAUAAAUUGGAAGAACGAGAUAAAUUGUAUUUUUAAUCUGUUGAAUAAAUUAACAUAUUUAAAAAUAAGAGAUAUAUCCGAAAACAAAAUUAAUUUAAAUUAUUUCCUUAUAAAUCUUUUAAGCAAACUAUGGAGAAUCAGUAGACAUAAGAAAAAGAUAUUCGCUAGUAGAAAAAAUAAAAACAUGAACACAAAGAAAAGAAAUAUAAACGAAAAUAAUAUACAUCAUGAAGAAGAUAUAAAUGUAACAGGAAAUGUAAAUAAUAAAGAUAAUGUUUGUAUAAGAAAAAAUAAAAUAAAUAAUAAAUUUCAUCAUCAAAAUGAUAUUGAAGAUAAUAAUAAUAAUAAUAUUAUUAUGAUUAGGUUCCAACCAUUAUUUGAUCUAGUAUUAUGUGAUAAUAAUAAAAAAAAAAAAAAAAAAAUUAAGAUAUAUUAUUAUUAUACAGCAUUAAAUAAAUAUAAAAUAAUAUUAACACAUUUAUUUUUUUAUUUCUUUAAUUUAUAUAUGAAAAAUUAUAAUGAAGAAUAUAUAAUGUUUCUUUUAAUAAAUUAUAUUAUCUCUAUACAAUUUUUAUAUAUAACAGAUGUAGUAAAUAUAUUAUUAAAUUUUUUUCAACAAAAAAAAAAAAAAAAAAAAUCAUUAGUUCCAUUACAUAUUGCUUUCUUACAAAUCAUAUUAUUUCGUUUAACUAUGAGCAACUUUUUUGUAUAUUAUAAUGAAAGAAGAAAAAAGGAAACUUGGAUGGAUGAUAUAAAAUAUUUCGAUAAAAAAAAAAUAAUAAAUAACUCUAACACAUACAAAAAUAAUAAUAUUAAUAAUAAUGAUAAUUAUAAUGUGGGAAAUAAUAAAGAUGAACAUUGUAAGCUAUCCCUUGUAAAACCUUAUAUUUAUUUAGAAAAAGAUACAAAUAUAAAUAACAUAAAAGAAGUUGUAAACAGAAAAUAUUUUACAUAUUAUAUACAUCUCAUAGAUUUAUUUUUAUGCUAUAUAAGUGUACUUAUUUUAUGCUUUACCAUACUAAAAAAAUAUUAUAAUUUCUUUGAUUAUAACGGGGUAUAUAUAAACAAAAGUAAUAGUAUGAAAAAAAAAAUCAAGGGGAACAGAAAAAAAAAAAACUUAAAAAAACUGUAUUAUGUAUUAUAUAUAUUUCUUAAAAAAAUUAAAAAAAUUAAUUGGAAUAUUGAAAGUGUGUAUAAGAGAAAUGUAAGUGUAACAAGUGCUUUUUCGAAAUUUAUUGAAAGUUAUUAUGUUGUAAAAGUUGGAAAAAAGGAAAGAAAAAAAAAAAAAAAAAAAAAAAAAAAUAAUAAUAAUAAUGAUAGUGAUGUUAAUAAUGAUAGUGAUGUUAAUAAUGAUGGUGAUGUUAAUAAUGAUGGUGAUGUUAAUAAUGAUAGUGAUGCUGAUAAUAAUAAUAAUAAUAAUAGUAGUACAUGUAAUAAUGAUAGUCAUUUUCAUAUGAGUAACAAUCCGUGUGAUGGUAAAAACAUAAAUUUUGAUGAAGAUAAAAAGCGAAUUAAGUUAAAACAUAAAACGUCCACAUCUAGAAAAAAAAAACUCAUUAAAAAUAGCAUAAAUAACAUAUAUGCUCAGAUAAGUAUAAAAUCUUGUGAAUAUCUUCAAAAAAAAAAACGUCCUUCAGAUUACAUGUUUGAAAAGUUUUGUAUUAUAAAUAUAUUUUUAUCGGUGUUUGAAUUUCUUAUAGGAAAUUUUCAUAUAUUUGCUUAUAAAUCUAAUGUAUUUAUUCCUAAUACCAUGAACAUAAAAGGGGACCUUCUAAAAGAAAAGGUUCACAAUAAAUCUAGUGUUCAAAAUAAUAAUAAAUAUAAAAGUAAUAUAGUAAUAGAUAAUGUACAUACAAAUAUGUCAAGAGAUGAUAUCCUUACAAAUAUGUUAAUAGAUGAUAUACAUACAAAUAUAUUAAAAGAUAAAUUACAAAUUAAUCAUAUUAAUAAUCAGAAUACACAUUUUUUUUACUAUCAUAUAUAUACGUUAUUACUUUGUAUAGAUAAUUUAUCUAUACAUAUGAAUAAUUUUAUUUAUUGUAAGAUGAAGAUGUUAUUAUAUAACUCAGCAUAUAAUAUUAAGAAUACGUUACUUACAUUUUUAUCUUUCCCAUUUUUUUUUAGUAAAUUAAAAGUUAAACCCAAUUAUAUUAGAUGCGAACAUUUUAUAGAUUCUCACAUUUCUUCAUUCUUUCAUAAACAUUUAUAUUUAAUAUGGAAAUUACAAAAUUGUACCUAUCGCUCAUUCUUGUUAUUUUUUAAUGAAGAGUUUUAUAACUUCAAUGAUUAUAUAAAUGAUAAAUUGUUGAGCUACAGAAAUUUAAUUAACAAAAUAAAUAUUAAUCAAAGGAACGAUCAUUUUUGUAAACAUAGUAAUGAACAUGAGCAUAACAUCCAUGAUAAAAACAAAAACGGAAAUAAUCAUAGUAAUCAUAAUAAUAAUGAUCAUAAUGAUCAUAAUAAGAAGAAGUAUGAUAAUAAUUAUGAUAAUCAUAAGAAUGAUAAUAAAAAUAUUAUUGACCCUAGUUAUAAUUACAAUAAUAAUAAUGAAAAUCACUCACUACAAUCUAAUAAAACAUCAGACAAUAUGAAAGAUCCAGGAAAUACAUACGAUAACAAAAAUAGAAAAUACAACAAGGAUGAUAGAAACCGUGUUAAAGAAAAAAAGAAAACAAAAAAAAAAAAAGAAAAAGAACAACAUAAUGAAGAGAAAGAAAAAAACAUAGUAAGAGAAGAAUCUGCACUUUUUAAUAACACGGUCAUGAACAAUAAUUUUGUGAACAAUAAUUUUGUGAACAAUAAUUUUGUGAACAAUAAUUAUAAUAAUAUUCAUCGUUGUGAUAAUACAAGUGAUGCUUAUAUUAAUUCUUAUAAAAAUGAAUACAAAAAGUUUUAUGAUUUAUAUAACAGAGGAUUUAAAUUAACGGAAAAAAAUUAUAUACUAAUACCUAACGUAUGUAUAGAAAAAACAAAUAUAGCUUGUAAUCAUUCAAACUUCCUUUUUAAGAAAUCAAAAAGUUAUGAAAAAUUUGCUUCCUUUACUUCAAAAAUUAACUUUUUAAAAAAAUUUAAAAAAAAUUAUGUAAAGGCAAAUUUUAUCAAAUGUAAAGAGAAAAAAAAAAAAAAAAAAAAUGUUCCUCAGAAUAAUUACAAGAAUCAUCAAACACAAAAUUAUAAUUCCUAUUAUUCUAUAGAUUACGAUAACUUAUUUAAAAUGUCUACUUAUACAUCAAGUGUUUUAUCGAACCCUGAACCGGAUGAUGAAUACAUAGAGAAUGAUGACCAUUAUCAUGAUCAUAAUGUUAAGGUUGAGCGAACGGAUAUAUAUAAUUACGAUGGUUAUUAUAAUAAUAUAUAUAAAGGAAAUAAUAAUAAUAAUAAUAAUAAUGAUGAUCAUAAUGAUGAUCAUAAUAAUGAUAAUUAUAAUGAUAAAAUUUUUCACUGCUAUGAAAAAAAAAAAAAAAAUAAUAAAUACACAUCCAUAUUUCGUCAAAAUAAUAAAAAGUUACCACAUGUUAUUCCCUUAUCUCUACUUUUCUACAAUUUUAAUGAAAAAUAUUUUGUUGAAAAAAAUAAAGUCGAUCAAUCGAACAGUACUAUUUUAUAUAUACAUAAAAAAAACAAAAUAAAAAAAAUAUGUAUCCUGGACCAUUUGAAGAAGCUAAAUAAAAAAUGUAAAUUUAUUAAUUAUAUAUCUUACAAUGAUAUAGAAUAUGAUAAUAAGCACCACAUAAGUAAGAAAAAAAAAAAAAUUAUAUUAAAUGAAGGAUAUAAUAAUGAAAUAAAUAAAAAAUCCAAAAACCAUUCAUCCAUGAUAAAUACAAGUAAUAAAACAAUUGUAAGUAGCGAUAUGCAUAAUACAUCUAACAUCUUACCACAAUUUAUAUUCAAAAAUAGAGAAUCACAGGCAGAUGCACAUAUAGAACCCAAAAAUGAAAACAUUCAAAAUGGAAAACCACACAUUCUUCAAUUACAAAAAAGGUCUAUAGGUUCGGAUAGUAUACAUGAUGAAAAUGGAAAUAUAAAUGAACAAAAUUUUGAUGUAAGUAAUACGAUAGAAGAAGAAGGAAAUAAUCAAAAUAGGAAUGAUCAUAAUAAUGAUGGUCGAUUAAAUAAUGAACAAAAUGAUUUAGUAAAAGAGGAUAAAAAAAAUAUGAACAAAAUAAUGAUACAUAAUAAUAACAAAAAUAAUCAUAACAAAAAAAAUCAAAAAGUUUUUCUAGAUAUUAAUAUGAACAAAUUAUUAUAUAUAUAUAAAUGCAUGCACAUACAAUGUAUGCAUAACCUAACUCCUUUAUGUUCCUUCCUAAAUACAUUUGUACCUAAUGAUUAUAGCAUAACCAAUUUUUUUCAUAAUACAUAUAACAAUUAUUUUGUGAAUAAUAUAUUUUUCCAUAAUUUUUUUUACACAUAUGAUAAUAGUUUAACAUUAUUAUUGAAUUCUAAUAAUAUGAAUUCGUUACAUUAUCAUAAUGAUAUAUCCCAUGUGGAUUAUGGAAACCAGCACGAUGUUUAUAAGAAUAAUAGUUAUGCGCGAGGUGGGUUCAAAAGCUCAGAAGCAGAUGAAAAUUUAAGAAAAAAGUCGUCUAAGGGAAGAAAUAAAAAUAAAAUAAAUAAUCAUAUGGAUGAUAAUUAUAAUAAUGGAGACAAUAUUUACAAUAAUGGAAACAAUAUUUACAAUAAUGGAGACAAUAUUUACAAUAAUGGAAACAAUAUUUACAAUAAUGGAAACAAUAUUUACAAUAAUGGAGACGAUAUUUAUAAUAAUUUUGAUUUGUCAAGUGGAUAUGAAAAAAAAGAACAUUUUAAUAAUUUCCAUAUUGAUAAAGAAAAAUACGAGAUAGAAAAAAGCAAAAGUAUAAAAAGUGUAGGAAUACAUAAUAAAUAUAAUAAUAACAUGAAUCCAUACGAUGAAAUAAGAAACAAUUUGAUUAUCUCCAAGACAGCUGAAAAAUAUAUGGAAAUGUUAUUAUUAUUAUUAUAUAAUAACAUGCGUUUAUAUGAUAAAGAUAAAAUAAAUGAUACAAAUAAUACGAAGAAGAAUGAAUUUAGAUAUUUUUUUGAAUAUAUAGAUAAAAAUAUAAAUAGUUGUAUAAGAAAAAAAUAUAAUUUUAUAAAUCAGUUAUCAGAUGAACAACGAAAUAUAUCUUUUUUUAAAACAGGUGGAAUAAUAUCUCAUCCAUUUUUACCCUUCUUUGCAUUAAUACAUAUAAAUAAUAGCGAAAAAAAUAUGAAUGAACAAGUUAUAGAUAAAGAAAAAUUUCAAAUUAAAUUUUGUAGAUUCAUAGAUAAUUAUGAUGAUAUAUCUUAUAAAUAUGGAAGUAUUACAAGUAUGACAUGGAAUGAUUCUGGUAAUUUAUUAAUGGUUUCUGAUGACGAAGGGUAUUUAUAUAUAUAUAAUAUUUUCUUAGGAAAUUUUAUAUGGACCAAAACCAAAGACCGAGCUUUAUACAAAAAGAACCUGACCAGUUCAUCAAAAAAUGUAUCGAGAGAAACAAAAAAUAAGGAUAUACCGAAUGUUACCUAUGAUAAUAGUUGUAGUGUUAAAUAUGUAAGUGAUUAUCGUCAAGAAGAAAAAGAACGUGGACAACAUUAUAAUGGUAGGAAGGAUAAUGAAGAGACUUAUGAGGAGGAAUAUGAUGAAGAGAGUGAAGAGGAUGAUUAUUAUGAUGAUGAUGAUGAUGAUGAUUAUGAUGAUGAUGAUUAUUAUGAUGAUAAUUAUUAUGAUGAUGAUUAUUAUGAUGAUAAUUAUUAUGAUGAUAAUUAUUACGAUGAUGAUUAUUACGAUGAUGAUUAUUAUGAUGAUAAUUAUUACGAUGAUGAUUAUUAUGAUGACAAUUCCUAUGAUGAUAAAAAAAAAAUGAAUAAAAAAUCACUUCCUUACAACAAAACACAAAAGAGAUACCAAAGAAAGGACAAGAAUAACAAACUUCGAAAUUUUUUUAAAGAGAAUAUAUUAAAAAAGAAAAAAAAGUAUAUGAUGGAAAAAGAGACGAAAGAUAUGAUAUAUAUGAAAAAUAUGAGAAAGUUACAUAUUAUGAGAAUAAAAAGAAGAAGAAAGAAAUUAAAUAAAAAAAAAGGAUAUAUUAUAAAAGAAGCUAUG